AUGGAAAUCGAAAAUAUACAAAUUGAUAAGUUUCUGCCAGUUAAAAAAGGAAAGAAGCGGUUAGCCAACGAUGAAGAAAUGCAAAUUGAUGAACUACUUGUCAACGAGGAAUGCUCUCAAAAGUCAACACAAGGACCGAAACCCAAACGCCAGAGAAGUGAAACAAGAAAACUUUCAGUGCCUCCACAUAGAUAUUCGUCUUUAAAGGAGAAUUGGAUGAAAAUAUUUACACCAAUUGUAGAGAAUAUGAAAUUGCAAAUACGUUUUAAUAUGAGAGCUAGACAGGUUGAAAUUCGCGUCAGUCCUGAGACACCAGAUAUAUCAAACUUACAAAAGGGAGCGGAUUUUGUCAAAGCGUUCCUUUGCGGCUUUGACAUAGAUGAUGCUUUAGCACUUCUGCGUUUGGAGGACUUAUUUAUAGAAACUUUCGAAAUUAAAGACGUUAAAACACUGCGAGGAGAUCACAUGAGCCGCGCAAUAGGUCGUUUGGCUGGAAAGGGUGGUCGGACAAAAUUCACGAUCGAAAAUGUUACAAAAACCCGCAUAGUUCUAGCCGACAGUAAGAUUCACAUACUUGGCAGCUAUCAAAACAUCCAACUAGCGCGCAGAGCGAUAUGUAAUUUAAUUUUGGGCUCGCCACCUAACAAAGUGUAUGGCAACUUAAGAUCUGUAGCCAGCAGGCUGUCGGAAAGGAUGUGAUAACCAUUAACAACACUUGCAGAUUUACAUUUAUGUUUAUAACUUUCUAUUAUAUAUAUAUAUAUAAAUAAAUAUAACAAAUA